UGCCGCGAAGGGGCGGCGGAGAUGGUGCUGCUGAGCGCUCCGCGCUGGCUCCGCAGCCGCCUCACCGACCGCUUCUGGAGGGUGCAGGAGGUGCUCAAGUAUGCGCGGCAUUUUCGUGGAAGGAAGAACCGCUGCUAUAAGCUGGCUGUACGAAGUGUUCGGAGAGCUUUUGUGAAGUCUACAAAGGCCAGAAGAGAGAAGAAGAGAUUCAUAAGAGCGCUCUGGAUCACUAGGAUUGAAGCAGCUUCUCUUGAACAUGGUUUGAAAUACCCAGCUUUCAUAAGCAAUCUGCUUAAGUCCCAGGUGGAGCUGAAUAGGAAAAUGAUUGCCGAUUUGGCUAUUUAUGAGCCGAAGACAUUCAAGUCCCUAGCUGCCUUAGCCCAGAGGAGGAGACAAGAAGGCUUCCUUGCUGCCCUGGGAGAUGGGAAAGAACCAGAGGGCAUAUUUUCACGUAUUGUACACCACUAUUGAUAUUAAGAGUCCGCAGAUAGGUGUUAUAAACAGGAAGUUGUACUGCAGAGUAAACUCGCUCACUGACUGCUGCUCAUGUCAUGGCUGUGGAACAAAAUCCUGUAAGGAGGGUUCCGGGAGGACAGGGUGGGUCUGGGUGCAAAGCUUUGCGCCUCGGUGACGUUUUUCCCCGUAUUGUACCUGAAACGCGUUGAGUUAGAUACUGCGCUUCGAAGUGAGCAGUGGUAAGUCAGGCCUGCAGCAGUUCCAGCAUUAACAACGUAUAUACCGCCUGUGCGCGCUUUCUGUUCUGUUAAGGCCUUAAUAAAGGUUUUUUUUUGGUAA